GAAUGAGGUUUUUCAAUUGGAUCAAACGAAUGGUCCAGCUGAUGCUGCACCUUGUCCCCAGCAGGCACUGGAAACUGAUGCUUCAGAGUGAAAUUCAGGCAGCCCUGACCUAUGCAGCGAGGGAUUAUCAGGUUUUCCCCCUCAUGCACCAUAUUUAGAAGGAAUUUCAUGCCUUGAAAUGGUUUGUGGCUUUUCCAGAAUCCCAGUGAUUCCUGCUGGUUCCCUAGCCCAUGGUGCAGCCCUCGCCGUGCCCCUGCCCUCAUUAGCAGCCGGCAGCAGGGAGUCCCCCAGCUCCGGAACGGAGGGUGGCGAGCGCCCAAAUGGCCUAUUUUCCCAAGGCCAGAGAAGUCGGGAAGACCCAGGGGUGCAGAGGGAGAAAAAUAGGUGGGAACAAAGGGAGAAAUUGAAGGUUUAGAUCUGCACAAGAACCAAGAUCAGGAACCAUGGCAUCCAUCCCAUCCAGCGGCUCGCUCAUGGCCACGCACAACUAUCGCAGAAGGCGCCUGAGCUCCACCUCCAGCACCAGCUCCUGCAGCUCAGAGUACUCUGGGGAGGUCAUCCCCCACGGCCCAGAUCUGCCCAAGUCUGACCCCGGCCAGUGGUGGGCCAGCUUCUUCUUUGGGAAGACAACUCACCCAGCCAUGACAACAGUGGCAGAGUCCCAGGAGAGCCUGGGAGCUCUGCGGGCAGUCACUGGACCGAUGGCCUGUGGGCUGGUGGCCGCCCCGGGCGCAGGACGGAGGCGCCACGCCAGCGAGUCCAGCGUGGGCCCCUCGGCGUGAGCGGGGCCGGCGGCUGCUCCCACCCGGCAGGCACAGCCCCAUCCCCAGCCCCAGCCCCAUCCCCAGCCCCAGCCCCAGCCCUGUAGAGUAGAGGCUGCUCCAAGCAACAGCGCUGCUGUCUGAUGGAAAACUGCAGCCACCCCGACGAUUCCACUCCAGCCUUUUUUACUCUCUCCCAGUGUAACUAAGCCCUCUCCAAGACUUGGUAACACCUUUUUAUUGCCUUCAACCCGUACAAUGGAAACGAAUAAACUUGAGCAGCCUUUUAAAAUGG